GUAGGACAUGAUAGCUUGGGGGACAGAUUUGACGCUUCGUUUCAAAUAGCGGCAACGACAUCAAAACAUCUGUGAAACAGGGAUUUAAGAAUAGCUGUGACAAUGAUCAAAGCGAUCCUAAUAUUCAAUAACCACGGGAAGCCGCGGCUCAUCAGGUUUUAUCAGUAUUUCGCAGAGGACCUGCAGCAGCAGAUAAUUCGAGAGACGUUUCAUUUGGUUUCCAAGAGGGAUGACAACGUAUGCAACUUCUUGGAGGGAGGAAGUCUCAUCGGUGGCUCCGACUAUAAACUGAUAUACCGGCAUUACGCAACACUCUACUUCGUCUUCUGCGUGGACUCGUCUGAGAGUGAACUUGGCAUUCUGGACUUGAUCCAGGUGUUUGUGGAGACGCUGGAUAAAUGUUUUGAAAAUGUUUGCGAGCUGGACCUCAUAUUCCACAUGGAUAAGGUGCAUUACAUACUGCAGGAGGUGGUGAUGGGAGGCAUGGUGCUGGAGACCAACAUGAACGAGAUCGUCGCCCAGGUGGAGCUGCAGAACCGCAUGGAGAAGUCUGAGGGUGGCCUGUCUGCGGCACCAGCACGCGCCGUCUCCGCGGUGAAGAACAUGAACCUCCCGGAGAUUCCCCGCAACAUCAACAUCGGAGACAUUAAUAUCAAAGUGCCCAGCCUCUCCCCGUUCUGACCAGAGACGGGGAGGGGGUCCCAGUGUGACCGUUGACCUCUGGAGGGGCUCGCUCUCCUCCCCUACAGCUCUUCUUCUUUUGUCCGUCUCUUACUACAAAUAAGGAGCCCAGCUGAUGUGUUUCCAGAUGUACCGUGGAAGCGCAGCAGCUUGUCCUCGCUCAUUUCCCACAUGCCGGUGUUACGGUGUGGGAGAUGAACUGCGGACUGUCUUUGAGUUCUACUGUAUGCACAUUACAGAUUACUCCAGUUUUGGGAUUUGCACAAACUCUUAAAGCUUGAUGCUACGAAGCAUAAAGAGUCAUAUUAAGUCAGAGACUCUUCUGUUUCUUUUCCACGUCUGUUUUCUAUUUCUUUGUCUAGUUUAUUUUGAAAUGUUGUUCCUAUAGUGAAGGUUUCAUUUUGUUCUUUAAAUGAGCCGGAAGGCAUUUUGGCCUGACGUGCUUCUUUCAGGAAAACAAACUCUUCCAAGUGUGUCUCUCCGGAAAGUCCAUCACUGUAUUUACUGCAUCUUGGCAAACCUUCCUCCUGUGUCCGGAGUUACAUCGCAGGGUCUUCACACUUCGACUCUGCCGGGCUAUUAUGUUCCCAAACAGCACCCGCACCUCCCGGUCUAAGUCUCCAUAGUCACCGAGGUCGGACUCAACCAACACUUAGGCUAGUCUGGUUAACCAUCCCCCCCCCCAUGUGGGGCGUACAUUUCGUUUGUUUUUCCAUGUCUGUGGUUUGUGAAUAAUAGUUAUUGUUCUCCUGGGUCCAAAUGUUAAAUGCUCAGCAUAAAAUGUGUAAAUGCGCUACUGUGCGUCCAGCCAAGUUUCAGUCUUGUCGUGAAAGCCUCUUACCAACAUCUGCCCUGGGAGGCAGGAGGCCAACUUUUGCCAUUUAUGGAUCUGUGUAUUUAUCUAAAGUGUGUAUUUUGUGGAUUGUAUCUGCAGAAAAAGGACAGCUAGAAGUCCGAUUCAGGCUCGCCGUCGUCAUUAAGACUCUCCGAUGUUGUUGCAAAUCAGGAGUCCUAUCAGGAAUCGGGGGG